CAACUUAAAUUAAAAAAAAAAAACAAUUCCACGAGCGAAGGGAAUCUAUAUUGGCGUUGGGACUACGAGUGGAACAAGGGCGAGAUCGCCGUUCCUGAUUGGACUAUCGGAAACUGGCGGCGGUGAGCCGUGGGUUGUCCGUCUCCCCUCGCAUCGAGCUGUAGGAUGGUGACGGCUAAUCGGGAAAUGGCGGUCUACUGCUUUGACACCCUUGUCGCUCACUACAACAGCGAGCAGGUGCCGUCCCCGGUGUUCGAGGAAGGCCACCACCCAUUAUUUGUGACUUGGAAGAAAGCAGUGAAUGGAGCAGAACCGCAUCUCCGUGGUUGUAUUGGGACUUUGGAAGCCCACUGCAUAGUUGAUGGUUUCCGUGACUAUGCAUUAACUAGUGCUCUGAGGGACCAUCGGUUUCCUCCUAUCCAGCCUAAGGAGUUACCAUAUUUGGAAUGCACCGUAUCUAUACUAACUAACUAUGAACCUGCAUUCCACUACCUUGAUUGGGAAAUUGGUAAGCAUGGAUUGAUAAUUGAAUUUGUUGAUCCUGAUUGCAAUAUGGAGUGCAGUGCAACAUACUUGCCUGAGGUUCCUGCUCAGGAAGGUUGGACAAAGACAGAAACCAUUGAUUCACUUAUGAGGAAGUCAGGCUAUGAUGGUGUGAUAAAUGAAUCCCUUCGCAUGAGACUUCAUGUCACUCGCUACCAGAGCACCCUUUACACAAUGCAUUAUAGUGACUAUGCCACCUACGUGGAGAUGACAAGAGGCACAUCCCUUUCAAUUAAUGGGGCUAAGCCUUAACUAUUGAUUCACAUUAGCAGUUUUAUUGUUUGGACUAUAUAUACAUGUAAAACUUAUUAAAACUUAAUAAUAAGGAAUUUGCUUGGAAUUCCUUGUUUGAA